GCAAACUGCCCCAAACGUACCAGGCUACCGGCUCUCUGACCCCUCUCGAGAUAUCCCAUUCUUUCCUAAUUGGCGCGGUUUGCGUGAGGCGUUAUUCUGUUGGUGUGAUAUGGCACAAGGCCAGCCAUCAUGUGAAUCCGAGUCACAAUGUGCUGGGGAUUAUCACACAUACCAUGAACUGUCCCGGUUUCAUUUCUGCUUUUUCCAAAGCCCGGCUUUGAAAACUGGCAGGAUCAUAAUGUCCAUGAUGCGAUGAAUGCACAUUUGACCAAGAAGUGGCAAAUAUUGAGACCAUUAGGUCUCUUAGAGAAUUAUCUAGCGGCGCGACACCAAUUACAGUUCUAUACGAACGUUGCAGUAACAGCAACAUACUAUCUACCACCCCAUUCCAUUAACCGGUCGAUCAAAAAUGAUAUUUAUCGCGCGUGUGACAUGCUCAUUCAGCAUCAUCCGGUACUUUCUGUCAAUAUCGUGAAUGAUAGACCCAAUUCGCCUUGUUUUAUUCGCCUACCUGUCAUUGAUGUUGAGCAAUGUGUCGUAUUCUAUGCACGCCGAAAACGGGCGUCGGAUGGGUUUUCGGAGGAUCUCGACGUUGAGGAAUUGUUGCAAACGCAACACAAUACAUUUUUUGAACAUAAUAACGCACCGCUUUGGAAGCUUUGCAUAUUGAUAGACCCAUCACUGGGGAAUACCUUCACAGCGUCUUUUAUCUAUCAUCAUGUUAUCGGUGACGGCAGCUCAGGGAAGGCUUUCCAUACUACUUUCGCCCAAGCGUUGGAGCAGAUUCUUCAAGAACGCCCACAAAAGACAUUUCAGCCAUAUGAUUCAAAGAUUGGGAGGAGAAAAAGGAGGUUUAUUACGCCGCCAAGCUCUCCCUUGUUACCAAACUUGGAAGAGUUAAUGAACCUACCUCUUUGUGCAUCAUUUCUCAUCAAGACAUUCCUAAAGGCCAAGUUCUGUCGCAAUAGUCCACAUUUAUGGGUGGGGACGAGAAAGGAAAUAUGCGGUCCUCUUCUCAACAGAGUUCAGCACUUGGCUUUGUCCGAUACGAUAACGAAAGCGUUAAGAAAGGCAUGUUCAGCGAACGAAACCUCAGUUACGGCGCUUUUAGAAAUUCUUAUUUCUCGGUCGAUCUUCAGAAAUAUCGACAGGAAAUAUAAAUUACUCAAUUAUCAAGGAAGUAUGUCAGGCCGGAGGUGGAUAUCAGACAAGUCUGGUGUUACAGAAGAUUCGAUGGGGUCGUGGGUUCUUGACUACGCACAAAAAUACAAACGCGGGGGUUUAGAAGACAGAGCUUUUCCUUGGCAUGAAGCAAGAAAAGCAACUCGAUACAUUAAAAAGAAUCUUGCGCAAAGAGACAAAAAUCGAUCGGUCGGGUUAUUGAAAUUAUUCUCGAACUUCGCAGAUGACAUUCUUCUAUCGUGCGUGGGCAAACCGCGGCAGACGAGUUUUGAGAUAUCAAACCUGGGCGUCUUCGAGAGCCAGUCCUCCUUGGUUGACAUCGGGAGAAUGGUUUUCAGUCAAAGCUCAAACAUUGCUGGAUCGGCAAUAACGGUCAAUGCGAUUACCGGAGGUGAUGAGUCUCUGGUCCUCGCCUUUACCUGGCAAGAUGGGGUGGUGGAAGCGGCCUUGGUGCAGUCAAUCGUAGUGGAUAUAAAGAAGGAAAUUUAUACGAUAUUUGGAUGAUGUCGAUAGAUCAAUUGAUAUGUAUUGAAUAUGAAAUUUAUGAAA